UUCCGCCUUGUGAUUGCACCAGUGCUCACACGCUAGCGCGCGCGAGGAGGGUGAGCGGCACGUGCAUGCGCCCGUUCCACCUGGCCCAAUCACGUACGAGGAAGCUGAGAGCAGCGCUACAGUCUGCCGCCGCUGCCGUGGAGCCUCGCAUUGACCCGCAGCUCGGCCAGCAGCUCACCUGACAGGGCUGACAGCCCGAGAAGACCACGCAAGAUUUUCUCUCUGAAAAGUAUCUUUCGCUAACACCAACGGCGUCGGAGCCCUGUCGUCCGUCCGCUCCAUGGCCAUCAUUUCCCCCUGCCCACUACCUCUGGGAGGUGUCUUUCAAAGGCCCCACUUAGGGCGAUGGAUGACCAGCUGAGUGACGGAGAUGAAUCAAUGGAUGCAGCCUGUUCAUAGUGACUAGAUUAGGAGACACCAACCAGCGCUGCAGCGAGCUGAUGUUCUCUGGAAAUUCAGGAGAUACAGAUCACAUAUUUGUUUAGUUUGUGUCAGCACAGAGACUGUAUGCUGACUGCUCAACCUUGCGAUGCUUGUUAUGAGUUGUACAUCCACAACAAAUGAGCCAGAGAGCUGUAGCAGCGAGGGGAGCAGCUGCACCACUUCCUCCAUCACUACCUCAGACCCUUCUUCUAUGUCUGGGCACGGUCAACCCACCUUGCUUUCUGACACCACCCAGAAUGAAGUGCCGCCCCCUCCUCCCCUCCCGCCCCCACCUCCUGGGGCACCGCCGCCCCCUCCGCCCCUGGCAAACACAUCAUCCAACCACAAUGGGAGGAAAAAGCGCCGGGUCCGCAGCUUCUACUGGAAGCCUAUCCCAGAGGAGAAGGUGCGCGGGAAGCCGAACAUCUGGACGCUGGCGGUGCGGCAGCAGCAGUACCAGAUCGAUGUUCGCUCGGUGGAGGAGCUGUUUGGGCAGCAGGAGGAUGCGGGGACGGGCCUCCGUGGGUCAGCAGCAUCAACUGCAACAUCAACUCACGUAUCCCGAUCACGCUCCUUUAAGGAGACCAAGAAAGACGAGGUCAACAUCCUUGACUCAAAGAGGGGGAUGAACGUGGGCAUUUUCCUCAAGCAGUUUAAGAAGUCCAACCGCUCCAUUGUCGAAGACAUACGAAAAGGAGAAGGAAAGAUUUAUGGAGCGGAGCUGCUCAAAGACCUGCUGAAGCUCCUGCCCGACGCAGAGGAGAUUAAGAAGCUGCAGGCAUUCAAAGGAGAUCCAGACAAGCUGACACUGGUCGAUUCCUUUAUGUACCUCUUGAUCCAGGUGCCACGGUUCGAGGUUCGGAUUGAGGCCAUGGUCCUCCAGGAAGAGUUCCUCCCUUGUUGUGCUGCGAUGGGCCAUGAGAUUGAUGUCGUCCGUGUUGUGACUAAACAGCUGAUGAGCUGUGAGGAGCUUCAUGCUAUCCUGCAUCUGGUGCUGCAGGCAGGAAACAUUAUGAACGCGGGUGGCUAUGCAGGGAACGCUGUGGGAUUCAAGCUGUCAUCCCUCCUUUCACUGGCUGACACCAAAGCCAACAAGCCGGGGAUGAACCUGCUGCAUUUUGUGGCCAUGGAGGCGAAGAAAAAGGACGAGAAGUUGCUCAAGUUUCCUGAGAAGCUUCAAGAUGUCCAGAGUGCAGCCAGAAUUUCAGUGGAAAACAUUGAGGAGGAGUUUUCCUCCUUGUAUGUCCGAAUCAAAUCCCUGGAAGAGAAAGUUCAAGGAGACCAGGAGCUGCUGCAGCAGCUGGAGCCCUUCCUGCAGAGUGCAGCACUGACACUUCAGGACUUAAAGAGACGCAGGCUGGAUCUGCGUAAAGAGGGAAGUACUCUCAUCGAUUUCUUUUGUGAAGACAAGGACACGUUCAAGCUGGACGAGGGCUUCCGGAUCUUUCAGGACUUCUGCAUCAAAUUCAAGAAAGCUGUUAAGGACAACACGGACCGGGAGUUGAAGGAAGCAGCCAGACAGCGUCGUCUCAAAGAACUGGAGGAAAAGCGUUUUGCGUGGUCGAGCGGGGAUCAGACCGGCGGAUUUGGUCGCAGCAGCAGCGAGAACGACGUGGAAAUGCUCACCAAGGAGGGCCUCCUGGAGUUUUUCCAGAGGUCUCAGAGUCCACACUGCCCGCUGGAACGUUCUGCCAGCGCACGCCGACACCGACACACCAUGACCUCCAUAGCAGAUCGUGAACUCCAGGGAUACUUGGAGCUGUUCGGAAGCACAGGGAACACCUCUGACUUUUCAAAAUUUAACAGCCUACCUCGGUUAGGCCGUCCUAUCCAGCGGAGGAUGGCCCCCUGGAUGUUAGGCCAGGACAAUAACCGGGAACUGGGCCGUGAAAGAAAAGCAACGUCUCCGCAUUCAGAAACUGAGCCGAUCGUCUCACACGCCAAGUUUUCUUCCUCUGAGCUAAACGAUAACGGGGACAACAACAACAACAACAAUUACUCAUCUGUGUCAGAGAGCAGCGCUCUGCCUCGGCCCUUUUGUGUCUUUCAGAAGCCUGCCCAUAUUCCCAACCCAGCAAUUACUGGCCACAUGAGUGUUAGUGUGGAGAAGCAUACUUUAGUCCGAGGUCCUCAGGCUUUUGACCUAAUCAGUCCAAACAAUAACAGCAAUCACAUGCACUUUGUCAACCGGGGGGACGUUGUGGUGACGGAUCUGGAAAUAGGGAGACAGUCACCACCCAAGAAUCUGGACAACCUUUCACAUGAUACAUUUUUGGAAAGGGGGGGAAAUCUAAAGGUAGUAUGGGAAGAUACAAUAGUUCCUCCAACUCAGGCUGGGGUCUCUCCUCAGAGAGAGAAAGACGAAGAGGACUACAGCACAGUUUCAUCCACAACCUGUGAUACCCCUCUUCCACUAGAUACCUCUGUAUCCAACAAGAAGCCAAUGUUUUAUAUAAUGGACUGCACAGAAACGGACAUCUCUGUCACCUUGGAUUGCUCUGAGGUGGAAUCCUCGUCUACAAAAGAAGGACUUCAUUUCCAAACAGCUGACUGCAUCAAAGAUCAGGAGAGUCGGCAAGACCCGCAAUCCACAUCUCCCAACGACCAGUCUGCUUCAACUAAUGAGCUCUCAGCCCCCAAAUCUGUGGAUGCAGCAUCUAUGGCUCCAUCUACUACCACAGAAGAGUGGGACACGGAGAGCUGCGACACCGCUGAAGGAAAACAGACUGCGGGGAAAGAUGCACAACGAAGCAGCCGAAAGCCAGCGCCUACAAAGAGCAAAGGCAGCAAAGCAACCAAAACCAGUGCAGGCCAUGGUGUGCGAACGCUGGCCAACAACGAUAACCAGGGUAUGCGGAAAGUCAUCCCUAUUACCAAGCUGACCAGGACAGGUAGCAGCAGGCGAGCAGAGAAACCUGCAGUUCACGAUAGCGGGGAGACACGGCGGCCUCCCCGUGACCAGAGCACUCCGGCAAGAGGAAGGAGCGAGAAGACAACGAGACCUCCUCGGCACUCCAGUUUGCCUCCUGAUGAGUCAAAAGCCCAGAAGGGAGGUGCUCUCACGGGCAGCGUUUCUAGAUGGGCACGUGAUUCAAUGCCUAGGAAAGCUUCAAUCCACAAGCCAAGCGCCAAACCCGUGAGGAACAUUCCCAAGCCGGCGCCUGAGGAGAAGAUGUGCCGCUCUACUAUGAGAGCCCUCGCUCAGGCUCAAGCUCAAGCUCAGACAUCUCCUGAGAACAGCAGUUCACACACACACAGUGCAAAAAACACUUCUGGAGUCCCCAGCUUCGCCCGCAAUACUGUGGCCUCGUCUUCCAGGACCAGGAAAGAGCUGGGCCCUCCGUCGGUCCCUUCCACCCCGUCUCGCAGCCCCUCCCUCCUGGGUCGACAAAAGCCGACCCGGGCAUCACACGCAGGUCACACCAGUGACGAGCGGCCACAGGCAACAAGCCUGCGGCGGGUGCAAAGCGUGAAGGCAACAAGCUGCAGCACCUACCGUAGCGAGACCCCGCCUCCCCCUGUAGCACGUGAGAACGUUCGUAAAUCUAGCAGCUUCUCUGAAAAGUCUGUGCAGCCCAGAGACUUGAUGACAUCCAGCAGAAGCAGGAAGCCGAGCUGGAAGUAAAAAACAAAACAAAACAAAAAAAAACCUGACUGCAGGAUAACAGGAAGCAGGAAGAGAGGACUUUUUUUUUUUUUUUUGCUUGUUUUUUUUUUUUUUUUUUUACCUGCUUUGGCGUGAACUCACGUUCGCUCUGCUCGUCUAGAGUUAUCCAUGCAUAUCAAACAAAAGCAUGUUAAGCUUUCUCACUGUGUAAGAAUCCCUCUGUAGCUGGCUCUGUAUCAGGUUUACGAAUCACAAAGAGCAAGAUGCAAUGAAGUGCACACGUUCCUCAUUUCCUCUUCUUGUUUUUUGUUUUUGUUUCUAAGGGUCGGAAGAAAUCUAAACUGACAAAUGGCGAAUUGGUGCUUUUACACUGCAGCCUCUUUGCCUGCUUAGCUGUCUGCGUUCAGUAUGUUUUGGUGUCUGUGACGCUGUUGACGUCAGACACGACUACAUAAAGCUGCUAAUUAGCUCUGACAGAUUUGAGACCGACUUUCAGCGUCUGUUUCAUUCAGGGUUACGAGAUUUGUUGUACCUCACCUCGCUGCUGUCACGGUGUCUUUUUCACUUUGCUGCUUCUUCCCGUAGACUAACAGCGCUCCGUUUGCUUUGUGAUUCUUUUUGCUUGAUACCUCAGAACGAUCGCAGUGGCCUUGCACCAGCAGAAAAAGUAGACUUGUUCAUUUGGUUCUGCAUGAUGAUGACGAUGUAGACAAAAUCAGAUCAGUUUUACAAAAAAAUAACUGCAAUGUCACUUUUUAAGAAAUUCCUGGUAUACUGUAUUAAUGUUACAACAAUAUAUAAAAGUCACACAUAUUAUGCCAGUGUGUAUACCAACCGUGGUACUUCUCGUACUGUAUCAGUAGUUUGUAAAUGUGUUAGGACUCCUCCAUAAUAUUUUGGAGUAGACAUGCACGUGGGAAAUGUUUCCUGUUUCAGCUAAUACAUGAAAAAAACGCUAACGCUGUGAAAGAAAACCACCGAGCGCAACAGAAACACAAAGACACUGAUGCCAUCAUCAGUCAUGUUUUUAGAGUCUGACCUAAUUUUUCUACUGUGAACAUUGUCGUCUCAUAUUUUCUCUAGGCUUGUUCAAUUACAACAGUAAGCCCGUGGUUGUAAUUCAGCCUGGAUCUAGUUUGUUGCUGUCAUGAGUAUCAUCACGACGCAGAAACAGGCUCAUUUAAAUUUAUCCCCAGUGAUAAAUUUAUUAUUAAAAAAGAAAGAUUCGCUGUACUGAAGGUUUUUCCUUAAAUUCUUGGAAACAAUUUCAAGCAUUUAAAAACACUCAGAAUAAGAUGUUCAGAGAGUUUCUCAGGCUGCGACUGCAUUUUCUCUUCGUUCAGUCAAAAAUGACUCUAGGACAAAAGUAUGGUUCACGAAUGACAAACUCAAAAAUAGAUUAGAUACUUUGUUGCACCAGUGUGAACAAAAACAGCUGGCAGAGGUUAUACAUUUUCUUCUACAUCACACAAAUUGAACAUAAACAUGCUAAGAUGAUAUGUUAUAGUAUAUGCAUUAUAUGGACAAAACUACCAGCUACAGAUUACACUGACAGGAGCUGCUUGGACAUGGAAACACAAACUGAGAUUUCUGAGGUGUGCGCUAAUACUUUUGUUUAUUUCUGUAGUGCAACCAAACCAAAUGUUUCUCCAAAUGAAGUAUUAGCUGUUUGUAAAUUCAGAUGGUUUGAUGAGCUUUUAAGGAUUCAGUAAAAAUCUUCAGUACAGCAGCAGGAGCUGACAAACGACGGUCUUUGCUUUUCAGAUAUUGGAAGUUCUUCAUAUUUCAGAAAAUAAAAAGUAAUGUAAACAUCAUGUAAGUGCAGCACCGCCGUCCACUUUGCACCACUUGCCUUUUAGAAUACAUUGUGCCAUUGCCUUGAUGGAAACAACACUCUCAACAGUGCAUUGCCUUAAAGCUUAAUGUAGCCAAUCAAUCACCAGUAGAAGCUCCUUGAUUGUAAAAGGAGAGUAGAAACUUUACUGCCUUCCAUCACAUCAAAGUCAAACUCUGCUGGUCACUUUGUAAAUAAUGUAAAGAUGUUUUCUGACCAUUCAUAUGUUUAUAUUUCAUAAAAACAUAAAGAGUAAGAGAAUAAAUCAUGUGUGCACGCACAGAUGUUUAAAAAGCAAGGGUCGACCUGUAGGGUGUGGACACGCUGCGAGUGUCUUCCUGUUCCCUGUCAUGCAAAUGAAGCUGAUGGACUGAUGACACAAUAGGCCCAGUGUGACAAACCACUGUGUGUGGCCUGACGCCACCUAAAUAUAGAUCCUCCUGUUACAGUAUCAGAGUUAUUUAGGGCUGUGAUAGUUGCUAUUAACACAUGUUUUCAGGAAUUUUAAAUCCCACCAGUAGCAAAAAUCAGAAGUAAUCUUCAAGCCCAUCAAACCAAAGGAAUCAUUUGCGAUGCUUGUUUUUGUCCAACCAUCUGAACCAGCUGUUUGUUUUCUAAAUAAAUUAGAAAUCUCACAUUUUCAGCACCACAAUAGUGACUUCUGAACUUAAUGUCUGUCUGGAGCAGUUACAUUAAAAUGUAUUUGAUGUAUGAAAAAACAAGUGGAUGUGUUUGAACAUUUUGGAAAACCCUUAACUGACACUUUUAGACUCCUUUGAGAUCUUUGAAAGAUUGCCCUCCUGUAAAUGUAACCUUUUUCAGACUACACUGACAAAAAAAGAAAAGUGUCCACUUCAUUUCUAACCAAAGCUGAGUCAUGGAAAUGUCCACUCUUUAAAAAAACAAACAAACUGAAAACUCCAACUGUUUGAUGACCUCAUGGAAAGAUGAUGCUUCCACAACCGCGGCAUCAUUUUAAGCUUUACAAUGGGUGCCCUUUACAUUACAUGACAACAGCUUACAGCAGCAGAGCUGCUCGUGAGUUUGAAUGCUUGUUCGCUCUCGUCACCACAGCUUCUGCAUUUAAGGAAUGGUUACCAUAGUAACAUUAGUUUCCAUUAUAAAGUGUCCUGUCAGCUCUGUACAGCAACACCUUCGUCACGUUACAAGUUUUGUAGCGCUGCUUAAAAGUUACGUGACUUUAUAAAGUUUGGAGUGAGUCAUUUUUAUCUGUUGUAUUUCGUUACUGACACACGCCAACCCCACUGCAACAAGCCUGUCUUACUGUAGCAUUCGUUGCCCAAGGAUGUAUUUGUACUCUGAUGUGAUUCUCUGAGAAUAGGACUUGUCUUUUGUUUUCACAGCUGAGGCAAAUAGGUGCUCUGCUGCUCUGCUCGGUCAUCUCUAAAUCUGAAGUUUCAUGAUGGAAAAAACAAAAAAAGCUCCAAUACAUAAAGAAAAUGACCACCUCUGAUCACUAGACCGCAGGGCUGCGAAAUGUGUUAUUACUGUUCCACUUUAUAUUUCUGAUGCUGAUAUAAAUAAAUCACAUUGCUGUGUAAACUGGAAA